CCAUGUCAUGUUCAUCUAGUGAAAAGCUUUUCUCACUGUGCAGCAAGCAGCUGGUCAGCUGCGUGGUGGACGUUGGAUUCCCAACUACACCACCGCGUGAUCCCCUGAUCCGGCGACCGAGCGCCGCGCCCGAGGGGGACCUGGAGGCGAACUGGCGUAGCCAUCGUCGUACAUGUCCGCCGCCUCUCCUUCCUCCCACCUUCCUCCCGCGUCGCCAUUUCAGAGCAGCGCGCCGCGCGCACACGGUAUCCUCACGCACAGCCCGUCACAUCGCAUCCCUCCCCAACCCGACGCCGACUCCUUCAACUCCGCGUCUUCCCUUUGCACGAUUGAUUGCAUCUCUUAUCUCCUUGUCCAACUACACGUGGUGUAUAUUUCUUCUCCCGAUCCAAGAAACCGGCCAACCGAGCGAACUCCAAGAAACCAUUUUGAUCGAGGAGGAGUGGAGGACGAAGGCCACCAGAGCAGAGCAGCCCGAUCCAAGAACCAGCCGCCAUGAACAACUUGUUCUCUAGCUCAUGGAAGCGCGUCGGCGGCGGCGGGGACAUCGAGUCCGGCGAGGGCGUGGAGAUGUCCGCGCCGCCGGGGGCCGCGGCGGGGGCGAGCCUCGACAAGUUCUUCGAUGACGUGGAGUCCAUCAAGGACGAGCUCCGCGACCUGGAGCGCAUCCAACGCUCGCUCCACGACGCCAACGAGGGGGGCAAGUCGCUGCACGACGCGGCGGCGGUGCGCGAGCUCCGUGCGCGGAUGGACGCGGACGUGGGCGCGGCGAUUAGGAAGGCCAAGGUGGUGAAGCUCCGGCUGGAGUCGCUGGACCGCGCCAACGCGGCCAAUCGGUCGGUGCCCGGGUGUGGGCCGGGAUCCUCCACGGAUCGCACGCGGACCUCCGUCGUCGCUGGGCUCCGCAAGAAGCUCCGGGACUCGAUGGAGGUCUUCUCCUCGCUCCGGUCCCGCAUCGCCUCCGAGUACCGCGACACGGUGGCGCGGCGCUACUUCACGGUGACGGGGUCCCAGCCCGACGAGGCGACCCUGGACUCGCUGGCGGAGUCCGGCGAGGGGGAGCUGUUCCUGCAGCGCGCGAUCGCGGAGCAGGGCCGCGGGGAGGUGCUGGGCGUGGUGGCCGAGAUCCAGGAGCGGCACGGCGCGGUGGCGGAGCUGGAGCGCAGCCUGCUGGAGCUGCAGCAGGUGUUCAACGACAUGGCGGUGCUGGUGGCGGCGCAGGGGGAGCAGCUGGACGACAUCGAGGGUAACGUCGGGCGCGCGCGCUCCUUCGUCGACCGCGGCCGCGAGCAACUGCAGGUGGCGCGGAAGGACCAGAAGAGCACGCGCAAGUGGACGUGCAUCGCGAUCCUCAUCCUGCUCGUCAUCAUACUCGUCAUCGUCCUGCCCAUCGUGCUCAAGAACGUCAACAACAACAAGAACUAGCACCCUAUCCUUCUUCGUGAUCUGGUUAUGUUGUUUGUGGAUACACCGGAAGAUUAUCAUUUUUUUUCAACUCAUUCUUUUUGCACUAGUUUUCUUUUUUUUUUUCUCUGCCGUUUGUACUAUAUGGCUAGUUGAUCCGAUCGACUUGAUGGUUAUAUUUAUCGGUGUUUUUUUCCGCUAA